GAUCACCAGUCUGUCAGCAGAGAUGUGAACAUUUAGUUGUAGCAACAAAACACACAUUCCAUACGCAUUUUGACGCAGUACUUGUACCUGGAACUGGAACACGGUCAAAUAGUUGGAGAAGGAAACCGGAAAAAAAAUCUCAUUUUAACAGUUAGUUCUUUUGCUACAAGUCUAUUUUUGUAAGUCCGAUAACAAGGUUUAAAGAGUUCACCAACUGAUUUAUCACAAAACUAGCCGCAAGAUGUCGCUGUCGAGGCCGCUGUACAACAUGAUUGGAGCAUACUUUGAGCAGCUCUUUAACCACCCGGUGAGGACCAAGUCCAUCACAAGCUGCGUCAUCGCGGCCUCCGCCAACGUCUGCUCGCAAAAGAUCGCCGGCGUGAAACGCCUCAACUCGGACACGGUCGUCGCGUACGGCCUGUUUGGACUGAUCUUCACGGGGCCCCUGUCGCACCUGUUCUACCAAUGGCUGGACCGAGUCACCCAGGACCGUCGCUUCCGGGGCAUUCUGAUGCUGCUCGGCGAGCGGGCUCUGUUUGCGCCAAUCAUCACCGCCCUGUCGCUUUACUUCAUCACCCGGUUCGAGGGGAAGGACCACGAGGAAGGAGUGGGUAACUUGAACGACCUGUACAAGAUGAUUCUCCUGAACAACUGGAAGUUCCUGACGCUGCCGGUGCUGAUCAACCUUCGAUUCGUGCCUCCGAUGCUUCGCGUGCUCGUUGCCAACCUCAUCGGCUUCUGCUGGAUCGUUUUCCUGUCGGCGAAGCGCCGAAAGGCCGAAGCUCGUCGCCGCCAGGCCGAGGAGCAGCGAAACUCCUGAGCGACGGAGCCGGGCUCGUUUUGGCCCUUUGCCGCCGUGUGAGCAGCGUUAGAACGGGGAUGACGACGGUUGUGCAGCGUGCAUGCAAAUAGGGAAAGAAGCAUAAGUACCGUCAUCAGGGGUGAGAUUGGGUCAUUAAAAUGAAAUUUGUAUGAACCAAUCUCACCCUCAGACCCAAUGUCACCCCUGAUGACGGUAGUAAAAAAAUCAUCAAUUUGCCGAAAGUUAUGAAAUUCCAGUAAAUUUAUAAAUUUAGAAAAAAAGCAGAAGAAAUGCCUUUUUAAACGGGUAAAGCACAAACCCACAAACAAAAUAGACAGCUUAAAUUUACGUCGUUUCAAGGCAAUAUCAAGUUUUUAUUGUACACACGAAAUCAACUAAUCCUUUUCAGGUUUGAUUAGUGCAAGCAAUUAAUAUUCUAACACGUCGUCGUUUGUAAAAUCAUUAUUAGGCUAGGGAGGUGCAAAAGACUAUUGUUAUAACUAUUUGUUCCAUUGGAUUUGUAGUAGAGGGUAAGAAAGGGGUUACGAAAUAUACCAUUUUAUAUCUUGAA